GCUCCAGUCCGUUAGUGACGAGGUGCAUUGUGGGUAGCGUAGUUCCCCCUCCUCCCCCGCUGCCGCGCUUGUCAAUGUCAGGCCUUGCUGCUGCCGCCUUCCUCAGAGCGAGAGCCUCAGCUGCCGGAGUAGGAGCCGCAUUGGGGGAGGCGUAGAGACGACCUUCUCCGCUGCUGUUGAAGGAGGAAUAGAAGAACGAGGCAGCGGGGACUUCCGGGUGAAGACAUGGCUGGCGGUUGAGAGGGUCGUGAGGGAAACAGGAGGAGGAGAAGAAGGAGGGGGGGGGGGAGAUUGGAGUGGAGUCAGUGAAGUGAAGGCGGCCCGGUCCGCGCCUGCGCAGAAGGACGCCGUAGCGGCGGCGGCGGCGCUGGCGAGUGAAGUUGGGGGAAAGCGCCGCUGGAAAUAAAAUGCAUAAACUUAAAUCGUCUCAGAAGGACAAGGUCCGCCAGUUUAUGGCAGUUACCCAGGCUGGUGAAAGGACUGCUAUAUACUGUUUAAUGCAAAAUGAAUGGAAACUAGAAGUGGCAACAGACAACUACUUUCAGAAUCCAGACUUGUACUACAAAGAAUCCAUGAAAAUUUCAAUAGAUAGGAAGAAAUUAGAACAAUUAUAUAGCAGGUACAAAGAUCCACAAGAUGAGAACAAAAUUGGCAUUGACGGAAUUCAACAGUUUUGUGAUGAUUUAAGUCUAGAUCCUGCUAGCAUCAGUGUUUUGGUCAUAGCAUGGAAAUUUAGGGCAGCCACUCAAUGUGAAUUCAGUAAAAAAGAAUUUAUAGACGGCAUGACAGAACUGGGGUGUGAUACCACAGACAAACUAAAAGCUCUUUUGCCAAGACUGGAACAAGAAUUAAAGGAUCCAAUGAAGUUUAAAGAUUUUUAUCAGUUUACCUUUAACUUUGCUAAAAAUCCUGGACAAAAAGGUUUAGAUCUGGAAAUGGCAAUUGCAUAUUGGAAUUUAGUCUUAUCAGGAAGAUUUAAAUUUUUAGACCUUUGGAAUAAAUUUUUAUUGGAGCAUCAUAAAAGAUCUAUUCCUAAAGAUACUUGGAAUCUUCUUUUAGAUUUUGGAAAUAUGAUUGCAGAUGACAUGUCAAACUAUGAUGAAGAAGGAGCGUGGCCUGUUCUAAUAGAUGAUUUUGUGGAAUAUGCACGGCCGGUAGUCACAGGAGGAAAACGUAAAGCAUCCUAACCAUAGACUCUUCUUAGUGGACUUAAAUCUGCAGUCUGAACUGCAUCAGGUAAUGAAGACAUUUUGGCCAAUAACUGUGCACACUGACACUGGUUUCGAAUGCCAUGGCGGGAUGCCACUGACAAAAUGGAAAUCACUACUUCUGCUUCAAGAAAAUGAUGGCUUACUCAUGGACACUGCAAGAUGAAAUUCAGAAGAUAACCCCCCGGCUGUUUGUAGGAUAUUGGCUUCAAUUAUUGUACUGGUUGUAUCAUAUAGGAUGUAGAUCUUGCAUGAUUUUAUACUUUGGAGACGUUUUAACUAGAGGCCAUUUUAGUAAAGUUUUGACAGCACAGCAUGCCAUUCAGUUCAUGACCCAGGGUGAACACCAGCAGUUACAUAAUUACAACUGUAUUAUAUUGUACUUAUAUUAAAAGCAGUAUUUGUGGUAUAUAAAUUAAAUCCCUAAAUAAAA